AUGGAUAAACCCUUGAUCCCAGAAUCAAGAAAGUCCAGAAAGGCCACGAGGUCUUCACCAACCAAACCUUCUAAAAGAAGUUCUUCACCUCCCUUUGAAGCCUACAAAUUUGAAGAACCAUCAACAUUUAGAAAAUUUGCAUAUGAUGCUAUUUUAUUUUUCCUAACGAGUAUCUUCCAUUGUUUCUUCCGUGAAAUCAGAUCUCGUAAUAGUUACAAAAUUCCAAGUUCAGGUCCUAUUAUCUUUGUCGCUGCACCUCAUGCUAAUCAAUUCGUAGACCCAGUGAUCCUAAUGGAACAAGUUAAUAAACAAGUCAACAGAAGAGUUUCAUUCUUAAUUGCCGAAAAAUCUUUGCAUGAAGCAGCUAUUGGGUUUUUUGCACGUUGUGUUAUGGCAAUUGGUGUUGUUAGACCUCAGGAUAAAUUAAAAUUGGCAACGGGUAAGAUCACGAUUGAUCCUGAAAACCCAAGAAGAGUAAUUGGCCAAGGAACCAAGUUUUUACAAGAUUUUAAACCAAGGGGUCUAAUUGGAUUACCUAAAUCAUUGGGUAACGCUGAAAUUCAAAGUAUUGAAAGUGAUACAUCAUUAACUUUGAGAAAAGAAUUUAAGACAAUUAAACCAGAGGUGAAAAGAUUGUUAACCAAGGGAACAACUUUUAAAUAUGCAGAUAAAGUGAAUCAAUCCCUUGUGUACCAUAAAGUUUUUGAACAUCUAGCAAAUAAUGAUUGUAUCGGGAUAUUUCCAGAAGGUGGCUCUCAUGAUAGAACUGAUUUGUUACCAAUAAAGGCAGGAGUUGCUAUAAUGGCAUUAGGUUGUAUGGAUAAGCAUCCUGAUGUUAAUGUGAAAAUUGUCCCAUGCGGUAUGAACUACUUCCAUCCUCAUAAGUUCAGAUCAAGAGGGGUCGUUGAAUUUGGUGAUCCUAUUGAAAUUCCAAGAGAGCUUGUUGAGAAAUACCAUAACUCUGAAACUAAUAAGGAAGCUGUUAAGGAAUUGCUUGAUACCAUUACAGAAGGUUUACGUGCAGUAACUGUCACUUGUGUCGAUUAUGAAACUCUAGUGGUAGUUCAAGCUAUGAGAAGAUUAUAUUGUACCCAAUUUUCAUCUAAGCUACCUCUCCAAUUAGUUGUUGAAAUGAAUAGGAGGUUAAUAAAGGGUUUUGAGACGUACCAAGAUGAUCCUAAAUUGAUACAACUAAGGAAAGAUAUAAUGGAAUACAAUGCUCAUUUAAGACAUUAUAAUAUACCUGAUCAUUUGGUGGAAACAGCAAAGUAUAAUUUUGCCAAGAAUUUAGGGUUAUUAGUUUACAGAACUGUGUUUAUUUCUAUUGCAUUUAUCCUUUCCCUACCUGGUAUCAUUAUGUUUUCACCUGUUUUCAUCUUAGCAAAUAGAAUAUCAAAGAGAAAGGCUCGUGAGGCCCUUGCAGGAUCCACUGUCAAGAUUAAAGCAAACGAUGUUAUUGCUACUUGGAAAAUUCUUAUCGGUAUGGGAUUUGCCCCGUUGUUUUACAAUAUUUGGUCAAUUUUGAUAACUUAUUAUUUUAGACACUCGGCAGUUACUAAGAAAUUUAUUUUCAUAGUAUCUUACAUAUGUUGUGUUUUGGUAACGUACUCUGCAUUGAUUGUUGGAGAUAUUGGUAUGGACAUCUUUAAAUCUUUGAGACCAUUGUACUUAUCACUGACCUCACCAAGAGGGUUAAGAGAACUACAAAAGGAGCGUGAAUCCUUGACAGUAAGAAUUAUUGAAGUAGUUAAUACAUUUGGGCCCGACUUGUUCCCAGGAUUUGAUGGUGAGGAAUUUACUAAUGAGUUUACUAUAGACGAAGAAGCUGAGGAUAGAAAGACCAUGGAGCUAAAGAGGAGAAGGUUGGUGAGGAAAAGAAAGGCAAAGGAACAGAAUCGCAAACAUGAACUAUUAUCAGAGACCGAUGACGAACGUGUUACGGAAUCCGAUGCUGUUUCACUUGUUAAUAGUGACAACUCCCUUUCAAAUAUUCCAAUUUUUUCAUCAAUGAGUGGAAUUAGAUCGGAGACCUCAAUCUCUCGUUCAAACUCUUCUAUUUCAGAUUUUGAGAGUGAUGAGGACGCCUUAAUUGGAAAGAGUGACCUUGCCGGCAAGAUUGCACAAGCAGUCAUGAAUAGGAGAGCAGAUGUAGAUGAAGAAAUCGGUGGUUGA